GGCAUGCCCCUCCGAGGAGCCGUAGCGCGGGAGGGAGGCGGCGGCGCUGUGGUCCGUCGGUCCGCCGGUCCGUGGGUCUGCCGGCCGCCCGGCCCCGCCCUGCCCCCCGGGGCGGCUCGGCUCCAUGGCCCGCAGCGGCGGCGGGAGGCGGCCCAGGGGCCACUGGGGCCGCUGACCGGGCGGCGGGGCCGGGCCAUGGGGGACGGAGCCGUCCGUAGCCGCCGGAGCCGGGAACCCUGCCUUAGCCGGAGCGGCACCCCCUGCUGAGCCCGAGCGCCGGGUGAGAGGAGGACGCCCGCAGCCCCACACCCAGGGCCCCGAGAUUCCAGACCCGGCCCCACAAGGGGCACCCUAAGUGUGGUCCCGAGAUCCCAAGUCGGACCUGCCUGCUUACUCCUGGGACCUGAAUGAACAAAUCAUGGCUCCUGAAAGGACUAAGUGAAGUCAUGAAUAGAAAGCACUCCUGCAUGAUAGCUGCUUGGGACUCAGUAGAAUGUGAGUCCAUAAGUGUCAAAGGGUGUGAGCAGGCUGGCAGCCAGAUGCCUGGGCCCACUGGAUGGGCCGGUGGCCACCUGCGGGAUGAGCAGAUUGCUGGGGGGGACGCUGGAGCGCGUCUGCAAGGCUGUGCUCCUUCUCUGCCUGCUGCACUUUCUUGUGGCCGUCAUCCUCUAUUUUGACGUCUAUGCCCAGCACCUGGCCUUCUUUACCCGCUUCAGUGCCCGUGGCCCUGCCCGUGCCCUCCACCCAGCUGCCAACAGCAACAGCAGCUACUCCCGGCCCAACACCACUGCCCCCAGCUCCAGGCUCCCUGAGGUCCCCAGUGCCCGGCCUGGCCCCACAGCUCCUGUGCUGCCAUCCUGUCCUGACUCACCGCCUGGCCUGGUGGGCCGACUUCUGAUCGAGUUCACCUCUCCCAUGUCACUGGAGCGGGUGCAGAGGGAGAACCCAGGUGUACUCCUGGGCGGCCGCUAUACACCACCUGACUGCACCCCAGCCCAGACAGUGGCAGUUAUCAUCCCCUUUAGACACCGAGAGCACCACCUACGCUAUUGGCUCCACUAUCUGCACCCCAUCUUGAGGCGGCAGCGGCUGCGCUACGGUGUCUAUGUCAUUAACCAGCAUGGUGAGGAUACCUUCAACCGGGCCAAGCUGCUCAAUGUGGGCUUCCUAGAAGCAUUAAAGGAAGACCCCACCUAUGACUGCUUCAUCUUCAGUGAUGUCGACCUGAUCCCAAUGGAUGACCGCAAUCUGUACCGCUGCGGAGACCAGCCCCGUCACUUUGCCAUUGCCAUGGACAAGUUCGCCUUCCGGCUGCCCUAUGCUGAUUACUUUGGAGGUGUGUCAGGCCUGAGUAAGGCCCAAUUUCUGAGAAUCAAUGGCUUCCCCAACGAGUACUGGGGCUGGGGCGGUGAGGAUGACGACAUCUUCAACCGGAUCUCCCUGACUGGGAUGAAGAUCUCACGCCCAGACAUCCGGAUAGGCCGCUACCGCAUGAUCAAGCAUGACCGGGACAAGCAUAAUGAGCCCAACCCUCAAAGGUUUACCAAGAUUCAGAACACGAAGCUGACCAUGAAGCGAGAUGGCAUUGGGUCAGUGCGUUACCAGGUUUUGGAGGUAUCUCGGCAACCGCUCUUCACCAACAUCACAGUGGACAUUGGGCGGCCCCCAUUAUGGCCCCCUCGGGGCUGACACUAAUGGACAAGAGCUCUCAGUGCCGAGGAUUGCUUGCCAGAGGACUGACCUACAGCCUGGCUGGUGACUGCUCUGUGGGGACCCUGACUGAGACUGGGCUGUAUCCUAACGGUCUUCACUAGGCCCCCCCCUCAGCUGCACCUGGAAGUUUCAGAACCCACUUUGGGGGGCUUCCUGCCUGGGCAGGCCCCUCAUUUGUGGUCCUCUCUUGGGUCAACCCUCCUUCCUGUCCCACUCCCCCCCAGCCCAGCCCAGGUCACUGUCAGGGUCAGGCCAGCCCCUGCACUGCCUCGCGGAGUGGCCUGGGCUAGGUCGCUCCACCUCUCUGUGCCUCAGUUUCCCCUCCUUGAGUCCCCUAGGGCCUGGAAGGGUGGGAGUGGUGACUAGAGGGCAGUGUCUCUUCCAGGGGGACUUCUCAGAUCUGAGGAACCCCUUACUCCCAGGGGAGGGGAAACCUUUUUCAUUCAACAUGAUAGGGGCCAAGCUUUGGUGUGCCCCCUGCUGAGGAGCAGCCCCAGGAGGGACCGGGAGGGGGUGCUGUAUCACUUGCUGCCUGGGGUCUUGGGGUGGCCUUUGCAUGGGGGGGCAGGUGGAGUGUGGAUCAGUCAUUCUGGUUCCUGCUUCCCUGUCUCAAGAGAGGAGGCAGUAGCCCCAGGGCCGGCUCUUGUUUGUACAUUGCACAGAAACUUGUGUGGGUGCUUUAGUAAAAAACAUGAAUGGAAAA